UCACAUUCAUUCUCAGCCGAAAGCCCAUUACGAAGAUCACCAUAAUAUUUCCUUUCUUUUCGUUUCUUUAAACAAUAGAAAUCGAAAGACAUUCCGCCAAUCGCACCAAUUCCACCACUGGGCUUCGCGCUCCGCUCACCAUCGGCACAAAAUCUCGCCUCUAAACCCUUAAUUUCCAUGAUUUUUCUCCCAAAUUCGAAAACCCCAUCUCAAAAUUUCUCCAUCUUCUGAAUCCUUCUCCCUUACAACUUCUUAAAACCCACCAUUUCAGCGUUGUUAUCGAUUUCCUUUGGAGUUCUUGCAUGAUGUUGUCUAGAUAUGGCGCUGGAUUCUCCCUCGUUUUUUUGCUUUUUCUCGCCGAUUUUGCGACUGGAAACGAACUAAGUUUCACUCAAUCAAAUGGGUCUGUGGCAGCGAUGGUGCCACUGAUCGAGGAGGGGAAAAUGACGAUGAUGGAGAUGAAUGAAACUAGAAGAAAACUGGGGAGCUUCCAAGUAUGUGCUCCUUGUACUUGCUGUGGUGGGGCUAAGGGCCUGUGCUUGCCAUCUCCUUGUUGUUAUGCUAUCAAUUGCAACAUCCCCAACAGACCAUUUGGGUUUUGCUCUUUCACUCCUAAAUCCUGUAAUUGCUUUGGAUGCAAUCUCUAGCUUAUACAUUCAUAUAUCUCUCUGAAAUUUCCUUGCAUAUAUAUAUAUAUAUAUAUGAUGAUGAUGAUGAUCUUGGUCAUUUGUUAUCUCUGUUGCUCUGUUCUGGAAAUGAUUGAUUUGAAGAACUCUAGAGUUAUAAAACUAGCCGUUCUUAGAGGCCUUGAUGUUGUAUAGAUUCUCUGUAAGUGACCUGUGUUUGUUCUUGUUCUAAAACUUGUUAGCUUAUUCAAGUUAUUUGAUGAUUGCUUUGAGGCUCUUUGCUACUA